AUGUGGGUGCGUGACUUGGCAUUGUCGUAUUGGAGGUCGGCAAUUCGAUUCCUGAUGCCCGGGCAAACGGAACACGGGCACGGGGCGCUGGCGUACGGCGGCAAGCAGGCGGGCGUGGCGCCGGCGAGACCCGCCGCGCCCUACGCCGCGCCCUAUUCGCCCGCGCUGCGCUUGCAGCCCGGGUAUGGCUCGGCCGCCUUGUCUUACAGUAGAGACAGUUACUCGCGCGGUGGCGGUGGCGGCGCGGUGGGCGAGUAUCGCUCCGGCACGCGAAUGUCGCUGCUGGGGUCCUACUUGCCGCCCCCCGCGCCCCCCGUGCACCACCCGCCCCCCGCAGACCCCCCGCCCUUCAAGAAGAUCCGCCUCACAGCUGAACGUCCGGCGCCUGCUCCUCAUCAGCAGCUCAGAGUUGAUACGAGGGAGCCGGUUAUGAAUUCACAUACCGUGGAGGUACUGUCUCCACACACGCCUUCCGAGCCCACAAUCGAUGAACAGAGCUUCCGCACCACAAAAGAUGAUCUUCUACAGCAAAUAUCUAAGGUGGAUAGAGAGAUGGCGCUGUCGGAGACUACGCUCCACAAACUCAAGAAAAAACAAGAGGAGCUGGAGCAGACAGCGUCGAAGCCAGCAAGAGCUGAAGAACCUGAGGAGGCGCCUCCACGGCAUCGAAGCCUGGCGCAGUGUAUAUAUGCUGAUAAUAGAAAACGGGCGGCAGCGGCCCACGCCCUCCUCGCACACCUCGGGCCCACAGUGCUGUACCCGCUCUACAACCAGCCGCAGGACACACUGGUCUACCACGAGAACAUCCGGAGUCACCGCGCCUUCCGGAAGCGCCUCGCGGACCAUCUGCGCCGCAUCCGGCUAGAGGCUGAGAAGCGUGAAGACGCACUGACGGAGGAGUACAGCCGGCGCGCGGCGGAGUGGAUGCGCCGCGUGGAGCGGAUAGAGCAGGGGCAGAAGCGGAAGGCUAAGGACGCCAGGAACAGGGAGUUCUUUGAGAAGGUGUUCCCAGAACUGAGAAAGCAGCGUGAAGAGCGGGAGAGAUUCAACCGGCUCGGAGCCAGGGUGAAGUCUGAGGCGGAGCUGGAGGAGAUAGCUGACGGUCUACACGAGCAGGAGCACGAGGAUAAGAAGAUGAGGUCUCUGACAGUGGUGCCUCCCCUGCUCCGGGACCCUAGGGAACCUAGGCCACUGCAUUUAGAUACUAACAAGCGGUGUAUGGAUAUGGAGUUCGAGCACAAGGGCCUUCAACUGCGUAAUGUGUGGUCUUCGGGUGAAAGGGAAGUCUUCAGGGAUAAAUACCUGCAGCAUCCCAAGAACUUCGGCACCAUAGCUUCUUUCCUGCCGAGAAAGAGUGUUCGGGACUGUGUUAGGUUCUAUUACCUGUCGAAGAAGGCGGAGAACUACAAGCAGCUCCUCCGGAAGCCGCGGCCGAGACGGCACGCGCGGCCGCGGCCCGCGCCGGAGCCCGAGCUGCCGGCCGGCGUCACCACGCGCCUGCAGCGGUCACAAGGCUCAGCCCGAACUACAGAUAAGGAGACGAAUCUAGAGGAGAUGCCUCAAGAGUCCACGCCCGUCAACUGCAUACCCGUGCCGCCCGCCGCCCCCGCGCAUCCUGCCAGGUCGGAGUUGAACCGAACACCUCCCCUACCCCCAUCACCGCCACCUGCCUCGUCAGCGCCACCGGUGGCGAUCACAAGUACCAACUUGAGCGUGCCAAGCCCAAGCUCCAUGAGCUGUUCCAGCGGUUCCACCGGCAUCAGUACCGGAUCAAAUGUGCCCAGUGUAUUGAUAAGUACUAGUGUGAAUGGUGUAAGUGUUCUAAGUGUACCGACUGUACCGAGUGUCCCGGUGGGGAGCCCUGCCCCGCCGGCGCCCACGCCCCCCGUCUCGGAGACUCCGCUGCCGCCCCUACCGGACAUACCGGCAACGGCUACCACGAGUACGCCCACUGUGAUUACUACAACAUCGGUGUCGAGUGGUGGUGGCGCGGUGUCUACAUCGUCAUCAGGCAGCGCGCCGCCCACGCCCCAGCCGGCACAUCCGCCCACGCCCACACAGCAUCCGCCCACGCCUGAGCCAGCGUUAACAGAAAUAACGAGUACCCCCUCCACAAUCGUUCCACCUUCAACGCCAACCAAUAUCACGACGAGUACGUGCGCUGUGUGCUCAGCAACGGGAGCAACUCGAGCGGUAGCUCCUUCAAGGGCUGUCCAGUAUGGCUUGGACCCUUCAAUAACCGGUGCGAGGGUCUGCGAAGCUUGUCACUGUAGAUGUGUCAGGGCGAGACGGAGUAGAUGUACGGUGCCUUCGUGCGCUGGGCCCAGAGCAAAGAGAUUGAGGCAUCUACCGCCACGCUGGCACGAUCUGCCACAAGAGUUGAAGAGGCCUUUAAUGGAUGAGUUCCAAAUCCCAAGUGACCUCAGUAAGUGUUGCUUAACGUGUUUCAAACGGAUAACUCGACGGUUAGACACGAUAGGGGAGGGGGGUUCCGCCCCCGAGCCUACCGAGGACGAGGCCGUGAGGUUCCGUACACUAUUGCGGGAACAUGGAACCGCUUGGGAACGUAUGUCGACCGCGAGUGGAAGAACCCCUGCUAGCCUCAAAGCAUUCUACUUUACGUACAGGAAAAAACUGCAAUUAGACACAUUGUUGAGUGAACAACAGCCUACGAGAGGUAGUGAUACGGAUGAUAGUAUACUCAGUUCAGGGGACACGGAUACGGCUAGUGCGGAAUCGCCCAGGCCUCCGCCCUUGCCCGGGCCGAGAACGGACGCCGUGGCCCCCCGGAGGCACAGGCGGGAUGAGUACGACUCGUCUGCAACGGAAACGGCAGAUGAAGAGAAUGAUGCGCCCAGUGCGAAGACGGUAGCUCCAACUCCAAUCCCAGUACCGAGUUCGACUCCCAGCGCGCCCAGUAUAAACCUGGGGUCGAUGGGGUCGGGUUCCGGGUCGGCGCCGGGGUCUGGCCAGGGGUCGGGGUCGGGGCCGGGGUCGGGGCCGGGGCUGGGGUCGGGGCCCGUGUCCGGGUCGGGCCCGGGGGCGCAGCUGACGGUGCGGGACGUGGUCCUUAACAUGAUAGAAGUGAGCUUAAUGAAGAACUCACGACCUCCGCCCUUACCACAGAUGCACCACCAGCCACCUAAGGUAUCGACACACGAGUCCCUAGCAACUCUAACAGUCGUGAGUGGGGCGGGGCACGCCAACUCUCCCCACUCUCCUCGCUCUCCGCACCGAGGGGCAACCAUCACGCCAAUCCCGCCGGACAAGGACGUUAUGUUACUGCACAUCGAACCCCGACCCCCCAACCCCCACUCCACCCCCCACUCCACCCACUCGGGCCACCACUCCGCCCACACAGCGGAGCCGCUGCUAGACUUGAGUGUGAAAAGGCCCAGACAUGACGUGCCUAAGCCCCAACACCGUAACGCGGAAUAUGCGUUCUACCGCACACAGCAGGAGCGGGAAUCGCCGACCAACAGCAAACCGAAACCCGUCGCGUCCCCCCGACCGGCCAUCAAACUGUCCAAUCCCAAGGGAUCUAUAACCCUCGGGACUCCAGUCGAGUCCAGAUUUGAACGGAUCCCGUCAGAUACGAAGACCGGGUCCAUCACAGCGGGAACCCCCGUACAUGGACCUCACCAUCUCCCGGAGAAGAGAAACAUGGACUAUCACAGGCGAAGAAGUCCAGGUGGCGCGUAUUAUGGCACAAGUAAUCAGCCAAGACCACAGUCUCCUUCGUAUUCGACGGCAACAGCAGCAGUAUCCCGCGGUCCCUACACCGGUCUGGAACGCAGGCAGAUAAUGCUGACGGACUUCAUCACGUCGCAGCAAAUGCACGGCGGCACCCGCCGCGACCGCGAGCCGCACCCGCAGCACCCUCACCCGCAGCACCCGCACCCGCAGCACCAGCACCCGUCGCAGCAUCAGCACCCGUCGCAGCACCAGAUCAGGAGGGACAGGGAUGCGGUGUCAGUUAUACAGCGGCACAAUACGCACGCGUACUCGCAUCAACACCCGCCGCCAGGCCACGAAGCAUUCACAUCGCUAGUGAACGCGGCGUCGGCGGCGCCCGCGCUGCCAGUGCCGCGCGCGCGCGACCCCGAGCCCUCGCCCGACCACCACCAGCACCCAUCGCACCCGUCGCACCCGCAGCACCCGCAGCACCCGUCGCACCCGCAGCACCCGUCGCACCAGCAACACCAGCAGCACCACGGGCACGGGCAGAUGCAUGAUAUCAAGGGUUCCCGGGAGUUUGCAAUGUCGCAAAAGUACGCGCAAUAUGCGAGCAACGACAGACGUGCGCCACCGCAGCAACCGAGAGAUGGUAUGCACAGUCGGGAGCGGUUUACAGUGCCGAUACCAGAACGCCACUUCGUUAUAGAGCCGCGUCCGCUUCUCAUGCAGCAUCAGCAGCACCAGCAGCACCAGCAGCACCCGCAGCACCAGCAUCAGCAGCUCCCGCAGCACCCUCACCCGCAGCACCCGCAGCACCCAACGCACCCGCACGGGAUGAUCGAGCGGCAUAACAUACAGCAUGCGCAGCAAAACGAAGAACGUAGAUCAGCAGGUAGCGUGGGCAGCGUGGGCAGUGUGGGCAGCGUGGGCAGCGUGGGCAGCGUGGGCGCCUCCGCCUACAGCCCGGCCGGCAAGCGGGUGCACACUAUUGAAAGGAAAGAUGGAAGAACACCAGUAAGCAGUGUCGCGGCGACCGUCGCAGGGUCUAUAUCGACGGUGAGCGCGGGGGCGGGCGGCGGCGCGGGGGCGGGCGGCGCGGGCGCGGGGGCGGGCGGCGCGGGGGCGGGCGGCGCCGAGCGGCGGGCGGGCGACAGCAGCAAGCUCACCGCCGCCUCAUUGAUCAACGCGAUCAUCACACACCAGAUCAAUCAGACGUGUGAUCAGACUCAGAGAUUUCCGCCUAAGAUAAUACGCGAAGGCGAACCCGUCCAGCAACAGCCUGACCGCGUGAUAUCGAUCGAGAUCUCGCGUGAACGUGAGCGUGAACGGGAACGUGACCGCGAGCGUGAAGCCGAACGUGACCGUGACCGCGAGCGUGACCGUGAACGGGAACGUGACCGUGACCGCGAUCGCGACGACAACAUCACGCAUAAGACGAGCAUCAAACUUGGGGAACUCGCGUCCAAGAUUAUUGUUCGGGACUUCAACAGUCCGAACACUAACUCGCUCAUGCAUCAUAACAACCGCUUCGCGGUGUCCACACCUGACUCGUACCCCGCCAGCGGCGGGGCGGGCGGCGCGGUCGCGGGCGCGGGCGGCGACGGCGACGAGUGGCGCCGCGACCCGCCCAAACACGCGCCCUACCUCGAGCCCGUGUCGCCGCCUGACAACCACUGUACUGGCCGCAGUUCGAGCGCGAGCGGGUCGAGCGUGGGCGUGGGCGGCGCGGGGGCGGGCGGACGGCGCUACAGCGCGGUGGGCGGCGUGCUCACCGCCUACGACUACGUGACCACGCGCAUCGUGGAGGUGAUGCGCAACGACGCGGACGAGCGCGCCAAGCCCCUGCCCUUCCCCACCUCCUACGCGUACCCGUACUCGGCGCUCAACGUGGCCACGCCCGCCUCGGACGGCUCAACAGCGGUGAGCGGCAGCAGUUCGGUAGUGGGCGUGAGCACGGGCGCCGGCGCGGGCAGCACGCCGCUGCCGCCCGCCCAGCCCGAGCCCGCGCCGCUCAUGUCCGCGCAGUACGAGCCGCUGUCCGACGAGGAC